GAAUGAGUCAGAAUGGAAAGUAUGAAAGUGAGGCAAGCUGUCCCUUAAUGGCAACAUUUGGGUAUGAAGUCACCUUGCUUUUCAGGAGUAGAUAGUUGUGGAGAUUUGCAGUUGUUUUGCUUUUGAAAAAGUUAUUUGAGUCAAGCAUUGCUCCGCUGGGUUUUCAGUUCUGUCUCUCACUAGCAGUGUCACUUCAGAAUCACUUCUCUCUAGCUUCAUAUGUUUCUCCUGUGAAGAGGGAGUUGCAUGGACUGUUGUAAGUUUUGUGUGAAUACAUGCAUGAUCUUUAAAAAAUGUUACCCUGUCAUUAGUAAUAAUAAUGUCAUGUAUUAUAUGGAAGUUGAGAGCCAAGAAGUAAAAGGAUAUGUUAAUUGUCCAUGUUACUUCAGAAACCUGCUGGAAUUUCUGCUAGAGAUACUUGUGUGUUGACACAAGCUCUUUUGUUAAGCCUUUCAACAAUGAGUACAUGAAACAUUCAGCAUUCUUGGAUUUAGUAGUCUGGCCUUGAACUGUCCACCCAUAGUCCCUGAAGGGCCCUGAUUGUGGAGCUAUUUCAUAAGAACUUGGCACCUAAGAAGUAAAUGCCCUGUUGGGGUGAGCAAAGGUUCAUGUGGAAUGACCAAGAUGGAGGCCUCCACUGAGGAAGGAUUGCUUUAAUGAUGCUGGGAAAUUGUAUCAUUUGAAAACUUGGGAAUUGGUAUGUAUGUGUUUGUUGUAUUCUCAAAUGUCCAAGAUCUACUUUGUUUGUACAUAGGGGAGUUUUUUUAUUCAUUUGACUUACUAAUAUACUUAAAGCUGAUUUCUUUUUUCUCCCAGGAGAAUGUAGCUGGAAUUGGGGGGCAGGUUAGCCCCUGAAUAAAUAUCAUUGGUAGAAGAUGCUUGCCCAUGAAAGGCUGCCCCACUAGACCCUUGCCUUAAAGGAGGAAAAUUUUUCUACUGUUUGGAAGGAUUUACAGACCAAGAGCCCUACCGUUGCAUAUAGGGUGUAGGAAUGAUACUGAGAAACACAUUGUGAACAUCCUUGGCUUAAUCAUCAUUGUAGCUGUUAGUGCUAUUAGUUUUAGUCAUUUUCUGCGUAUUGCCAAGUUGCUUUCUGGAAAUACUAGAAUUGGAGAGCACUCCUCAUCUGCACAUGCUAAGUACUGGAGAACUGCAAAGUCUCUUCCAGAUUUGUGGUUCUGUCCUUUUGAAAUUUAAUUUCAGUUUGGUCAUUUGUCAUAUCCUCUAGAAAUCCUGGAGUCUGAGAACAGACAGUUGGCCUGGAUUUAUACUUCAUUUUGUUCUCAUUAAUCACGUAGUUUAUUUUCUCUUCUCUAUUCCAAAGCAAGACAGCUAUAGAAUGAAAAAUUGUUGCUGUUAAUCUUUCUUGUUUGUUUUUUGGAGGCAGAGUCUCACUGUGUAGCCUAGGCUGACCUUGAACUUAUAAUCCUUCUACCUCAGUCUCCCUAGUGUGAUUACAGAUUUGUAAGGCUCCAGGGUCUUCAAACGGUGAUUAAUCUGAUGAUUCCUGAAGUUGCUGAGAAAGCAAGUACUUCAAGUACAAGUGCUGGUUGAAGAUUGUAUCCGUGUAUAUUUAAAAUCCUCUCUAUACAUAUGAUUUACACGAGAAGACAAGCUCAUUCUUAUGCCAUUUGAGAGUUUUACCACUGAUGAAAAUUAAUUUAAAAAUCAGAUGGAGCAACUUGACACUACAAGGCUCAGCCUUGCGAGAAACAUAUAUAACUAACGGCCAAUUUUCCAUAUGGUAUUCACGGGUAAAGAAAGUUUGCAAAAAGAAGAAAAACAUUGCACAGAUUAAGCCUCAGAAAUACCUCUGCAAUUUAAAGAAGGAAUAUGAGUAGAGAAGUGUGAAUUCAAACAUUGCAGGUGGGAUUAUGCAGUGGUUUUUGCACUUUAUUUUUUUAUUAGAUUUGUGACUUGGACAGACUUUAAAAUUCUGGACAGAAAAGUAACUUUUGCUCUUCCUGUGGCUUCAGGCAAACAAAUUUAGGUGUGAUGAUACAAUUUUGAACAAUGAACUAAUUCCUUUGCUCUUUUCAUUUAACUAUAUUUGAGGAAUUUUAAUUUAAUUUUUUGGCUUCUCCUUUUUUGCAUCUUUAGGACAGUAUCUUAAAAGAACAGUUGGAACUGAUAGUUACAAAAUAAAUACCAAGGAAAACAAAAAGCUUCUUUUUCCUUGGACUAAAGGUGUGGAAACAGGCCUUGAAUGUGGACAUGAAGACGUUUGUUAUUGAAGCACGGUGAUCCUCUUGGGAGAUGGUACAGUCUGAAGAACUCUGAUGGUGGCCUGGGUGUGUGCUAAAAGGGGAUUGUUAAUCUUCUUGAGAUGAGGAAGGCUGCAUAUAAGAAGAUUACUUGAUAGAUUUAACUCUGAGGUUACAGUUUUGUUUUUUUCAUUAAAAUAGUAAAAUACAUGACCUUUAGGAGCAGAAAAGUGGAAGUAAAUAGGAAGUGAAAAAGGAGUCAGGAAAGAGAAAAUCUUACGGUGUAAUUCUUGUCAGCAAGAGAAUUUAGGACUCACCCAAGACAAAGACUUGGUCGCCUUCAAUAGCUUUAGCCUCUGCCUCGGCGGAGGAGAAGGGCUGGCGAGCUUUCUAGCUUCUGUGCCAUGGAGGAGUGUGCCCGCCAGUGGAAGGGCCGUCCUAGGAAGCCCCGCGUUCCACGGGGACACAGGGCCCAGCUUUGAGACCGGAAGUUUCUGAUUCUGAACCAUAGGGAAACUGCUUUUCUUCCUAAAAUUUGGACUGCUGUCUGCACAAACUUUGGUCUGUUUUGCACGGUUUGUGUGCCUUUUUCCCCCCUUAUGCAAUCUUUUUCAGCUGUAGCAGCAGAAAUUUGUCUAGUUUGGAAAACAUGCCAGCGGGUGGCUCCAGAAGGAAGAUCCUGUGUGUUCUGUAGCUGAACUUUUGAAUAGAAAACUCCAGCUAGAGGGAUUCUUAAAGCCUUAAGUUACUUGAAAUCUAUGUAUUUGCAACCCUUUGUCUCUGGAAUCACAUUACACAAAACUGGAAUCUCAGGCUGAAUGAGAAGUUGUAUUAAAAAAAAAGAAGAGAACUCUGUUUCUUGACCAUCGCUUACUGACAAAGCUCUUUCUCCAAAGGAUCAGCACGUUCUUCCUCUUUUACGACUUGAAAAUAAAUAAAAAUGGAGCUCAUGUUUUUUUAGGCAUUCCCUUUUCUUAGCAGACUGCCAUCAUCUUUUAUAGAGGAAUUUUUUCACUAUGCAUUUGGUGGAUCUUUAUAACAUUCUGGCCUCCUAAUUAGUUCUAGGUCAGUCUUAAUUAAAGGGGGGAAAGCAACAGAAGCCAAUCACAAAGAUAAAGUAAACAAAAAAUUGUUUCAGAAUUUUCAGUACUAAACUGUACUUUUUAAGUGAAAUAAUUUAUUGAAAGAAGUAUGUAUGCUGCCGUGGAACAUGGGCCUGUGCUUUGCAGUGACUCCAACAUCCUCUGCUUGUCCUGGAAGGGGCGAGUCCCCAAGAGCGAGAAGGAGAAGCCUGUGUGCCGGAGGCGAUACUAUGAGGAAGGCUGGCUGGCCACUGGCAAUGGGCGCGGCGUGGUGGGGGUGACUUUCACCUCAAGUCACUGCCGCCGAGACAGGAGUACUCCACAGAGGAUAAACUUCAACCUGCGAGGCCACAACAGUGAGGUGGUCCUAGUGAGGUGGAAUGAGCCAUACCAGAAGCUGGCCACGUGUGAUGCGGAUGGGGGAAUAUUUGUGUGGAUUCAGUAUGAAGGCAGGUGGUCUGUGGAGCUGGUAAAUGACCGCGGGGCUCAGGUGAGUGAUUUCACGUGGAGCCACGAUGGAACUCAAGCGCUUAUUUCGUAUCGAGAUGGGUUUGUCCUGGUUGGUUCUGUCAGUGGACAAAGGCACUGGUCAUCUGAGAUCAACUUGGAAAGUCAAAUCACAUGUGGCAUAUGGACUCCUGAUGACCAGCAGGUGCUGUUUGGCACAGCGGAUGGGCAGGUGAUUGUCAUGGACUGCCACGGCAGAAUGCUGGCCCACGUCCUCCUGCACGAGUCCGAUGGCAUCCUCAGCAUGUCCUGGAACUACCCCAUCUUCUUGGUGGAAGACAGCAGCGAGAGUGACACAGACUCUGAUGACUACUCUCCUCCCCAAGAUGGUCCUGCAGCAUACCCCAUCCCUGUGCAGAACAUCAAGCCUCUGCUUACCGUCAGCUUCACCUCAGGAGAUAUCAGCUUAAUGAAUAACUACGAUGAUUUGUCCCCCACUGUCAUCCGUUCAGGGCUGAAAGAGGUGGUGGCCCAGUGGUGCACGCAGGGAGACUUGCUAGCUGUCGCUGGGAUGGAGCGGCAGGCCCAGCUCAGCGAGCUCCCCAACGGUCCUCUUCUGAAGAGUGCCAUGGUUAAGUUCUACAAUGUCCGAGGGGAGCACAUUUUCACACUGGACACGCUUGUGCAGCGUCCUAUCAUUUCCAUAUGCUGGGGCCACCGGGACUCACGGCUGCUGAUGGCGUCAGGACCAGCCCUGUACGUGGUGCGUGUGGAGCACCGAGUCUCCAGCCUACAGCUGCUGUGCCAGCAGGCCAUUGCUAGUAACCUGCGAGAAGACAAGGAUGUCAGCAAGCUGAACCUACCCCCACGCCUCUGCUCCUACCUCUCCACCGCCUUCAUUCCCACCAUCAAGCCCCCAAUUCCAGACCCCAACAACAUGCGAGACUUUGUCAGCUACCCUUCAGCGGGCAACGAGCGUCUGCACUGCACCAUGAAGCGCACUGAGGAUGACCCAGAGGUGGGCGGCCCAUGCUACACGCUUUAUCUAGAGUACCUGGGUGGGCUUGUGCCCAUCCUUAAAGGGCGGCGCAUCAGCAAGCUGCGGCCUGAGUUUGUCAUCAUGGACCCACGGACAGACAGCAAAUCAGAUGAGAUCUAUGGGAACAGCUUGAUUUCUACUGUGAUUGACAGCUGCAACUGCUCAGACUCCAGUGAUAUUGAAUUGAGUGAUGACUGGGCUGCCAAGAAAUCUCCCAAAAUUUCCAGAGCUAGCAAAUCCCCCAAACUCCCAAGGAUCAGCAUUGAGGCCCGCAAGUCUCCCAAGCUUCCCCGGGCUGCUCAAGAGAUCUCCCGGUCUCCCCGGUUGCCCAUGCGCAAGCCCUCCAUCGGCUCACCCAGCCUGACGCGCAGAGAGUUUCCUUUUGAAGACAUCACUCAGCACAGCUAUCUUGCUCAGGUCACAUCCAAUAUCUGGGGAACCAAAUUUAAGAUUGUGGGCUUGGCUGCUUUCCUGCCAACCAACCUCGGUGCAGUAAUCUAUAAAACCAGCCUGCUGCAUCUUCAGCCGCGGCAGAUGACCAUUUAUCUCCCAGAAGUUCGGAAGAUUUCCAUGGACUAUAUUAAUUUACCUGUCUUCAACCCAAAUGUUUUCAGUGAAGAUGAAGAUGAUUUACCAGGAGAUCCUUUUCCUAAUUUCCUUCCAGUGACAGGAGCAUCUGGUGUCCCUGAGAACAACCCACCUUGCACCGUGAACAUCCCUAUUGCACCAAUCCACAGCUCUGCUCAAGCCAUGUCCCCCACGCAGAGCAUAGGGCUGGUACAGUCUCUGCUCGCCAAUCAGAAUGUGCAGCUGGAUGUCCUGACCAAUCAGACAACAGCUGUGGGGGCAGUAGAACAUGCAGGAGACAGUACCACGCAGUAUCCAGUUUCCAACCGGUAUUCCAACCCAGGACAGGUGAUUUUCGGAGGUGCGGAUAUGGGCCGCAUUAUUCAGAACCCUCCUCAAUUGCCCUUGCCACCACCACCACCACCACCACAAGGAGCUGUGCCGAUGUCUGUCAUGGACCACGGAGAACGAGACCACGAACACCUGCAGAAGUCCAGCAAGACCUUGCGGCCAGUGCCCCAGCUGGCGGCCGAUGGGGAGGCUGUGGUUUUCAGUGCCCCCCAGGAGGUCCAGGUGACAAAGAUGAACCCCCCACCUCCCUACCCGGGAACCAUUCCUGCUGCCCCCACCACAGCAGCACCCCCGCCUCCUUUGCCACCACCACAGCCCCCGGUGGACGUGUGCUUAAAGAAGGGCGACUUCUCCCUCUACCCCACGGCAGCACAUUACCAGCCUCCCCUGGGCUAUGAGCGGAUCACCACCUUUGACAGCAGCGGCAACGUGGAGGAAGUGUGCCGGCCUCGCACCAGGAUGCUCUGUUCCCAGAACACCUACACCCUUCCUGGCCCAGGUAGCUCAGCCACCUUGAGGCUCACAGCCACUGAGAAGAAGGUCCCUCAGCCCUGCACCAGUGCCACCCUGAACCGCCUGACUGUCCCUCGCUACUCUAUCCCCACAGGAGACCCACCCCCAUAUCCUGAAAUCGCCAGUCAGCUAGCCCAGGGGCGGGGUGCUACCCAGAGGCUGGACAGCAGCCUCAUUCAUGCCACCCUGCGGAGGAACAACCGAGAGGUGGCACUGAAAAUGGCCCAGCUGGCCGACAGUUCCCGGGCCCCCCUGCAGCCCUUGGCCAAGCCCAAGGGUGGCCCUGGCGGGGCCGUGGCACAGCUGCCAGCACGGCCCCCACCAGCCCUGUACACCUGCAGCCAGUGCAGCGGCGCAGGGCCCAGCGCACAGGCAGGCACGGUCCUGGCUCAUGCCAUCAGCACCUCCCCCCUGACCUCCCAGUCCUCCUACAACCUCCUGAGCCCACCCGACAGCACCCGUGAUCGCACCGACUACGUCAACUCCGCCUUCACGGAGGAUGAGGCCCUGUCCCCCCACUGUCAGCUUGAGAAGCCCCUGAGACAUCCCCCACUGCCUGAAGCCACUGUCACCGUGAAGAGGCCGCCCCCGUACCAGUGGGACCCUGUGCUGGGUGAGGAUGUUUGGGUUCCUCAGGAAAGGACAGCACAACCUGCAGUGCCCAACCCCUUGAAACUGUCCCCCCUGAUGCUAGGGCAGGGCCAGCACCUGGACGUGGCUCGAGUGCCAUUUGUCUCCCCAAAGCCCCCUGCCAGUCCCACUGCCACCUUCCAGACAAGCUAUGGGAUGGGAGUGCCAUAUCCAGGAAGCUAUAACAACCCCCCUUUGCCCGGAGUGCAGGCUCCCUGCUCCCCCAAAGAUGCCCUGUCCCCGGCACAGUUUGCACACCAGGAGUCCACUGUCGUCCUUCAGCCAGCAUAUCCGCCUAGCCUCUCCUACUGCACCCUGCCCCCCACAUACCCAGGAAGCAGCACGUGCUCCAGUUUACAGCUGCCACCCAUCGCCUUGCACCCUUGGAAUUCCUACAGCACCUGCCCACCUGUGCAAAACCCCCAGAGUACUCUCCCCUCUAACCCCCAUUUAGUGGUGGAGAAGCCCCUCGUGUCCCCGCCACCUGCUGACCUCCAGAGCCACGUGGGCACAGAGGUGAUGGUAGAGACUGCCGACAACUUUCAAGAAGUCCUCUCCCUGACGGAAAGCCCAGUCCCCCAGAGGACAGAAAAGUUUGGGAAGAAGAACCGGAAGCGCCUGGACAGCCGAGCAGAGGAAGGAAGUGUGCAGGCCAUCACUGAGGGCAAAAUGAAGAAGGAGGCUAGAACUCUGAGUGACUUUAAUUCUCUCAUCUCCAGCCCCCGCUUGGGGAGAGAGAAGAAGAAAGUGAAGAGUCAGAAAGACCAACUGAAGUCAAAGAAGUUGAACAAGACAAACGAGUUCCAGGACAGCUCCGAGAGUGAGCCCGAGCUGUUCAUCAGUGGGGACGAGCUGAUGAACCAGAGCCAGGGCAGCAAGAAGGGGUGGAAGAGCAAGAGGAGUCUCCGGACAGCCAGUGAGCUGGAGGAGUUCAAAUGCCGCAAAGCCAGCGAGAAGGAUGACGGACGGCUAGGCAGCCAAGGCUUUGUGUAUGUGAUGGCCAAUAAGCAGCCUCUGUGGAACGAGGCCACACAGGUGUACCAGCUGGAUUUUGGAGGACGGGUGACCCAGGAGUCGGCCAAGAACUUCCAGAUCGAGUUGGAGGGGCGGCAGGUGAUGCAGUUUGGACGGAUUGAUGGCAAUGCAUACAUCCUAGACUUCCAAUACCCCUUCUCAGCUGUGCAAGCCUUUGCUGUUGCCCUGGCCAACGUGACUCAGCGCCUCAAAUGAAGAGACCAGUGCAGGAAGAAAGAUGCCACAGAGCCUUCAGAGGUAGAGCCCAUGCUGCUGCUAGCCCGGAGGACUGGAGACAACAGCAGAACUGGAAGAGCCCCUCAAGCCAGGAAGGCACUGGCCUUUUGGCUUGUCAUUUAUUCCAUUAUCCUUUAUCAUCUGUCUUUCUUUUCUUCUUUAAGUAAAGUGGUGUUUGGAAGCCAAGGGUGUGAAAUGACUGGUGUUUUUUCAGACAGUGUUUAGUGGCUGCAGAAAAUGCUCUGCUGAGUUUGCUUCUCAGUGACUGGGACAAGGGCCUUUGGAGAGAAGACAGACUGCCUUCUAGCCUGCCUGCUAUUUUAGACAUAGAGAGUGUGUAUUAGUGUUCAUUUUCCACAACAUCUGCCUUUAUUACUCCUCCAACAUUAUCACUAAUGCAAAACAUAAAUUUCUAAAAAUAAAAUAACCCCAAUCCUGAAGAUUCAGGCUCUUUUGUGGGGAGGGGGCAGCAUUUAAUACACAUACAUUGUGGUACUCCCCAAAAGAUGACUUGAUGAAUGAAGGAUAUGAGGACAAGUGCAUUGUGUUCCACUUACAAAAGUAGGUCUGUGCAGAGGUACUAUCACCAAGGUGAAUGUGGUUUGGUGUCAAAGAAGCGGUGCUAGGGCAGAACAAUGUGCACGUGUAGACAAACACCUGGGGGACUCGGUGGUGCGAUUUGUGUAAGGACUCUACUUCUCUUCCAGAAGACCUCAAGAUGAACAUCAUCUAUGAUAUCAGACGUUUCGCUGUCCGUGGGAGUUGCAUAGGAUCAGUGAUUAUUGUUGAGUAAGAUGUACCGAAGGCCAGUCAACAGUGGAAAGAUCCCAGCCCGGGGAUUCUGUCUGAUGGAGGGUGUGGCGGUCAGGGGAGCCCAUACUUACUGAGCAAGACGGUAUUCUCUCUAUGCACAUUACUGGAAACAUACUUCUCAUUAGAUAUCAUAUUGAUGUGUCAUUUCGCUUUCUAAAAGUGUGGAUGAGACUUGAUUUGAAACUACAUUUUUCUUCGGUUGGAGAAUUAGGAAAGAAACUGGCCUAUUCCUUUGCUAAAUUACUCACCAUUCUUUUUCCAAAUUCCAAAUAAAUACUGACUAGGUUUUUUUAAGUAUGGUAAAGGACAUCUUCCAGCGAAUACUGGAGUUCCCAGUGUAUACUUAAAUGUGUGGAGAUAGGUUCUUUUGUGGGUAAAUUCUUCCAGAAAGAAAUUAGUGCUGUGUUCAGAGUUCCCUAGUUUUUUACUUGUGUAUUUAUAGCUUGAUAUGGCAUUUCAUUGUUUAUUUUUAGUAGUGCAAUAAUGGUUUGUAGACAGAUCUCGAAAUGGUUUAAAUGUAAUUCCUCUGUUUUGCUUGUCCAGAAGGUAAUUAUUUAUCUUGUUUUUCAUAGUAUUUUGUGAGUUCUUCUGUUUCUAUGUGUUUGUGAGUUAUGCCCAUUAUUUAUUUAGAAAAAAAUGGUGUCUUUGUAAAGACUUAUUUGAUAGCAGUUAUUUUGCUGCAGGAAAUAAAAGAGAACAUGACAGAAGAUGCUUUUCCAGAUAAUUUGUAACUUUUUCUAAUUGGCUAAAAGUCCUAUUGGCCCUUUAAAAAUAAUUCAUUUUUGGGCUGGGAAUAUGG